AAUGCUAUCAUUGUCGCUGGAACGAACUACUUGACGGAGGGAGGCAAGAGCUACACUAUCUCUUGCUGUAUCAUUCACCCUGAUUACGAAGAUUGGCAUUAUGAAGAUAUCGCACUGCUCCGCAUGGAAAAAGCCAUCGAAUACAAUGAUUUUGUCCAGCCAAUUGCAUUACCCCAAGAGGACAUCACAGAUUUCACAGUUACUGCUGAUUUCGCCGGAUGGGGCCGAACGGAGAAUCAUGGAUCCAUUCCCAAUGAACUCCACGAGAUACAAUUGAAGAUUAUCUCUUAUGAGAAGUGCAAGAAACUUCGUCGUGAGAUUACGGAGGAGCACAUCUGCACGUUUACUGAACUUGGCCGUGGAACUUGUCAAGGGGACUCUGGUGGCCCUUUAACUGUCAAUGGAGAACAGGUGGGUAUAACUUCCUAUUCCACAAGGUUCUGUGCCAUAGGUUUUCCCGAUGUUUUCACCAAGGUCUGGGCGUACACCGAUUGGAUUGAGGAGGUUCAAGAGAAAAAUGCAACUAAUGAGUGUCAUCUAUGAAAUUAAUAAACUCAAUGUGAACUCAUGAAGAUCCUUUCCUAUUUCCUAUUGACUUAAAAAAAUAUGUAGCAAUGGGGAAUAAUCGAACGUGAAACUUUUAUUGUCCUCUAAAUGCGUGGAGAUUCUAGGUUUUGUGUACAAAAUAAAUAAAAAUAAACGACACUCUGUAGUGCUUGUCAGUUUGGA